AUGCUGACCGGAAUAAAUCCACACGAGAGCAAGAAUCCAAACAACAGCAGCGGUGUAUACAGCGCCGGGGAGGGGGCGUGGCUGAGAAUGAGCUGCCGGGAGGGCAGGUCUGAGAGCCUCCUGUGGGAGGAGUGGAGGGGAGUCAUCUAUGCUCAGAGCCGUUCAAUGGGGAAGCUGGAAAACGAGCUGACGUCAGCUUGUAUCGAGUCUCGCAAUGAGCUGUUCAGGGAGGCCGCCCAGGAUGAUAGCAAUGCUAUUGAAACACAGUCAUGCUUUCCUGAUAUGUGUGAUCUUCUGAAAGAGUUGGCUGCCAUAACAGAAAAACUCAAAACCAGUGAAAGCAGGAUAAACGACAGUGAAAGGAGGCUACAGAACAGUGAAAACCAGAUUCUUGAACUAAAUAACAAAGGAAGAACCAAGGUGAUCUUCAGUGCAGCGAUAGGAGGGAGUGCAGCUGUUGGACCUUAUGACACUGAUACAACUUUAGUCUACAAAAGAGUGAUAACAAACAUUGGAAACGCCUACAGUCCAGCUACAGGUAUCUUUACCACACCUGUCGCUGGUGUUUAUUACUUUACCUUCUUCUUCCAUGCUGGAGGGAACAGUAGAACUUAUCUGCAGCUCUACAAGAACUCUGAUUUGAUGGUCACUGCCCACGAUUACCCAACAGAGACUGAUAGGGCUGAUAAUGGAGGGAAUGCAGUGUUUCUUCAGCUGCAGCAAGGAGAUCAGGUGUAUGUGCGCCUGGGUUUGGAUUCAAAUGUGUGGGGAAAUGACUAUAUUACAACUUUUAGUGGUUCUUUGGUCACUCAAAUGUGA